UUAAUUUUUCAACUUUUAAAUUUUGAACUUUGCGUUAUUUUUUAAGAUGCUGAAUGAAAUUUGCAAUAAGGACAAUGCGGAAUGGCUACGUUUAAUUACACUCAAGUAAUUAGAUUCAAAACUUGCUUAGGUAGACGUAAAUGUUGUUGCCCCUUUAAGAAACUUUCCCUCGCUUGGCUGGAGUCAUUUAGUUGUGGGUGUUCGGACAGAAACGCGAAGUCUGUUUUGGAGUUAAUAUUUCGUCCGUUAAAAGUGCUUGCGUCAGACUGGCUGGUGUACGUUGGCCUACAGGAUGGAGCUGACACGGAUGUCUACCGCUCACUUAAUGAAGGAGUUAAUACAAUUUGGUAUCGAAGUCACUAAAGAGGAGAGGAAAAAAUUUGAAGGUAUCCAACUAAUGAAGAGUAUGUUCAAGUGGCUAAAGCCCUGACUCUGAGGUAUCCCUUUUUGAAAGACAAAGAGGGCAAUGGAUAUCACACUUGGCACAUGUCUCUGAAACGCAAGUUUAAAUUUGAGCGGGCACCUUUGGCUGACAUUGAAGAAGUAAAAAAACUUAAACAGAAGUUUGGUCAUUCAAAAAAGUCUCUGCAACCUGAAGAAAGCAGUUCAAGUAAACAAAUUACAUGGCCUUUGGAUGCUACUGCUUUUGGAGAGGAUGCUACAUCAGUAGAGGGACAUGUGAAAGUCCUGCAGGACCAGUAUAGAAGGACACAGCCAGAUACUCGCAUUGUUGAAGAGCGAAUGAGGAGGACAUUUGCCUGGAGGCGACAGGAGAUUGCUAGUGGUAUGACUGUUGAAGAUGCCGUCAACAAAUAUCCAUUCUUGAAGAGUCCAUCAGGGCUUUAUCAAGAAACUGGUUUCCUGCAUAAAUGUGUUCAUCUGAACCGCCACUUUCAAGAAAACUUUGGACACAUUACAUCCAGUGUGCUACGGCUUGCUCAAGGGAAAUCCCCUUUAGCAAAGCCGCACAAAGAAGCUCGAGAAGAAUCUUUCAUUGAAGACCAUUUUGGAAUUGAUUUUAAGGCAGCACUUCUCAUGUUGCCAGCCUUGUUCAGAGAGAAACUUGAACAUUUCAUUGUGCUUGGAGAGAGUGAACCAUCUUCACCAUAUCCAACUGUUCAAGUACAGGAGACCACUGACUGGAAAACUGUGAUUACAAGAAGAGUCACUGCAGUCAUCAAAUGUGAGAAUGAAUGGACUGUCCUUUCGCCAGGUGAAGAGGUUGAUUACCAGGCGUUAGAUACCUACAAUGUUGAUGGCAAGUUAUUUAUUAGCACUAGAUAUUUUUGCUGAAGACAAACUGCUGUAAACUUCAAAAUGUGCAGUAAUUGAUAUAGCCUGUUUAAUAAGGUGUACAUUAAUGUUAAACAAUAGUUAUUUGUAUUUGUCCAGUUGAAUUUGUAAUGAUUGCCCAGUGGACAAUUUCCUGUACACCUAUUACCUUUUUGUUUUUUUAACUUUUUUAUUUAUUUUUUAUUAUAUAUAUAUUUUGUUAAUGACUGCUUUUAUACUUGUUUGUCAAAUGGUCUGAUGAGUUUUGAGUUUUUCAUUGAAGA